AUGUUUAAGUAUCGGCUCCGGAUGUUUUUCAAUGAACUCAAAGUGCUGGUACUGAUGCGAUCCGGAUCCAGCAGGAGGACUGACGCAGGCACAGACCCCGACACACAGACCAGUAUGAGAGGUUUCUCUGUGGGGGUCUGUGGUUGUUCACCUCUGAACUGCUCUCACCUGGAUGAUGAGGAGGAGUACUACGGCUCCGACCCCAGGACACGAAGCCUGGCUUUUGAGGAAGGAGCCAAACCUCAGGGAUCAGCAGGAGGAAGUGGUGGCCUGGAAGCAGCUUCUCUUCCAAGUCUGUCAGAGAGCGGUAUGCGAUCCCCGCAGUGCCGGAUCUGCUUCCAGGGGCCAGAGAAGGGGGAGCUGUUGAGCCCUUGUCGGUGUGAUGGCUCGGUGCGCUGCACCCACCAGUCCUGCCUUAUCCGCUGGAUCAGUGAGAGAGGCUCCUGGAGCUGUGAGCUCUGCUUCUUCAAAUACCAGGUCCUGGCCAUCAGCACCAAAAACCCCCUGCAGUGGCAGUCCAUUUCUCUGACUGUGAUUGAGAAGGUUCAGAUUGCAGCCAUCAUCCUCGGCUCUUUGUUCCUCAUCGCCAGUAUCUCCUGGUUAGUGUGGUCAUCGCUCAGCCCGUCAGCCAAGUGGCAGCGGCAGGACCUUCUCUUCCAGAUCUGCUAUGGCAUGUAUGGCUUCAUGGACAUAGUUUGUAUAGGCCUUAUAAUCCAUGAAGGAUCAUCUGUUUACCGGAUCUUUAAGCGCUGGCAGGCAGUGAACCAGAAGUGGAAAGUGCUGAAUUAUGAGAAAUCGAAGGACUUAGGUGACCCUGUCAGCUCCAGCGGCAAAGGCACUGCUCGUGUUGAGAGAAGCAGCGUCACGGACAAUGAACAGAGGACGAGCCGUCAUGUCAGGACUAUUCUGCAUCACCACUGUGGCUACACGAUUCUGCACAUCCUCAGCCAGUUAAGAGCCAACAACCUGCACAGUGCAAACCAAGAGGUGGUCAUGAGGGUGACCACAGUAUGAGGCCGGCUCACUCAGACUCAAGUGCUCCACUGAAAAAGAGAUCAAAGUGUUGAUUGGGAUUUAUUAUAAAUAAUCCUAAUCUGUCAUAUUAACACUGCCGAUAAAGUUUUAGUCUCAAAUGUUUUAUGCAUAAUUGCCCUUAACUUUAAGUGGAUGAUUUAAAAUUGGAUUUGGCUGAAGGCAAACUUUUCUAAAAUUUCUGAGUUUUUAAAGACAGACUGAGAGUUCAUGAUGACAAAGUUGAUUAAAAAGAAAAAAAAACUUUGACUUGGAUUUUUUAUGUGACUGUUUCUACCACAGAAUUUUUUUAAACCAAGCAGGUUUUUAUUGUUUGCCUUACAAACAUAAGAAAAGUUUAAUUUGAAUUUGGAAAUGAUUGUGUGACAACAAUGUGAUCUGUUUUUAUUCAGCCACAAUCUGUCUGUUUUUAACUUAAUGUUAAAAUUAUUGAGAUAUGACA